AAUUCCCUCACUAAAAGGGGAACUUCAGAUCCUUUUUCAAACACCCAGGACCUCUAGCACAAACACACACACACAGACACCUGGAAGACCCUUCAACAAAGAUUGAACUCCACAGCCGGCAUUUUAAGACGCCAGGUCUGCAUUGUUUGCCUUUUGUUUUCUUCCACUCCCUCCUCUAGGAUGUCCAACCCUGUUCCUCCUCCUCUACCGAGAGGCAUCGACUACGACCUGCCCACCUGCGGAGACACUCUGUGCAAUAGCCAAGGUACCUGUGCACGUCCUCAUGGUGGUGGCACCGAUUUCGUGUGCGACUGCAAGCUUGGCUACCAGGGAGAACACUGCGAGGACACAGUCAACGGGGCGUUAAACAUACCACUGACCCUCAGUGUGCUGGCAGUCAUUUUUGGGCUGCUGAUUUUUGCUUUCAUCUUCGCCAAGUUGAGGCAGAGGCAAAAGAAGAGGCAAAGGAGACAUCUGGCAGAAAAGCAUGGCUACAACAUCGCUUUGUAAUGUGGAUUAAUCAUUAUAUUUGAGGUAGUUUUACUACCUGGGAAUUAAAUUUGGGUAUAGUUUUAACUAUAAAUGAAGUGCGUAAAAGUUUCAUAAUGAAAACAUUUUGAUGUAAACAUUACUACACCAAAAAUAAAUUACAACACCUCCCAACAAACUAACUCCUGGAACUAGCAUACUCAGAGGUGCCCAGUGUUUCUCAUCAAAACACAUCAUGUAUAACUACCAACUGUCUGUAUAAUGGCAGGAUGUGAACUGUGCCACCCACAUAUACUUUACACACUCUUCCAAAACAUUGCUCCAUAGCACUACUAGUGGUCAAAAACUCCACAGGGUACCUUUAACUCAAAGAUUUUUGAUGCCUUAAAUCUGUGUUUAAAGGUGGAGGCCAGAAGCUUUUCUCUACCACCAUAUGUAAGGCAUAAAAUUAACAAAUCCAGGUCAGCCAUGGUAUUGUGGCCAGUGACACCACUGAGCUUCCACCAUCAUCCUUCUGCAGCAAACUUACAGCUCAGUUUAUUGAGUGUUUUCUGAAAUUUGUUUAAAAAGGAAUCAGAUCUAUUGUCUAUGUUCGGGAUGGCUAACCUGUGGCUACUUCUCUACGACAUAAACUCAGACACUGAACUGAUGAACUGACACAACGUCACUGCAGUAAUGAUGUUUUUCAUAUAUCAAUUGAAGAUGGAAAAAUAAAACUUUAAAGUACACCCCCACACAUGACUCAUUGAGGGCAAAUGGCAUUCAUGUGUCACAAAGCUCUCAUGCUGUUCAUUCAGACAGGUAAUGGAUUAAUAGACUGACAUAAUACCAUACUGUGCUGUUUGCCAACUCUACAACAGCAUAUAUUUACAGAUAAAAGUAAAAAAAUUAUACUGUUUCAUAAAUCAUUGAUCUGUGAAUAACAUCAGUUUGGGAAUGAGGUUGUGUCACUACUUUUAUUUGCUUAUUAGCAUAGUAAAUAUGUUUUAGGUUUCUUGUAUAGUGCAUUGUUCCCCUAACUAGCAACAAGUUCUGAACUCCAAUCCAACUGCAAUUCACUUAUUUUUUUAUUUUUUUAUUUUCUUGUUUUCUUAAUUAUUCAUGUGUUAUUUAUAUUAUUCUGACACAUUAUUGUGUCUAGUGCUAAUGAAAACUGUAAGAAUUAGAUCAAUCCCAACAGUAGGUGAAACCAUUUUGUUGUUGUGGGCAUCAUCUUUGGUGCAGAAAUGUUCUUUUAUGGACUAAACAAUCCACUGCAUUGUUUAAAGCUUGAAUAAUGCACAGUGGGAAAUAUUCAUAUUCUAAUCAAUAUCUAGAACAUAUUUCCUGUAUGCAAAAGCUUGUUUCCAUAUGCGCUGAUACUCUAACACUGACUAUAUUC